ACCCCCCUUUAAACGCGUCACUCGCCAGGCUGGCUGGCUGGCUGUGCUGGCUGGCUCGUGCAUUUGGCGGUGUGGUGUGUGCGGUCGGGACUGUGGUUUGUGUUUCAGGUCUGCUGGUCGUGUUGAUAUAACGACACACUUCGGGACGCAUUUUCCUCGUGGAGAGAUGGGCAUGUUGAAGAAAUGUCUGUAAAGGAGAUCGCUGUAACGCUGCUGGCCCUGCUCGGCUCGGUGUCGGUCGGUAACGCUCUACGUUGUAACUGCACAAACUGUGACAAGACCGGCUUUGAGUGCGAAACAGAUGGCGCCUGCAUGGCCUCCACGUACUACAUCCAGGGGAAGGAGCAACAUGUACGCAUCUGUAUCAACAAGGACAGCCUGGUCCCCCCUGGACAACCUUUCUACUGUCUGAGCGCAGAAGGCCUGCUCAACACACAUUGCUGCUAUUUAGAUUUUUGCAACAGUAUUGAAGUCCCUGUCCCAACAAAGGAGGGGGAUUGGUCCGGCUCAGGGAACUCCUGGGGGCCGGUGGAGCUGGUGGCGGUCAUCGCAGGGCCGGUGUUCCUUCUCUGCGUUCUGCUGAUGGUCGGCGUGUUCCUGUUCCAGUAUCACCAGAGGGCCUAUAGCCACAGGCAGAGGCUGGAGGUGGAGGACCCAUCCUGUGACCAUCUGUACUUGGCAAAGGACAAGACCCUGCAGGACCUCAUCUAUGACAUGUCCACCUCCGGAUCAGGCUCUGGUCUACCCCUGUUUGUGCAGCGGACGGUAGCCAGGACCAUCGUGCUGCAGGAGAUAAUCGGGAAGGGUCGUUUUGGUGAGGUGUGGAGAGGGAAGUGGAGGGGAGGAGAUGUGGCGGUGAAGAUCUUCUCAUCCAGAGAGGAGCGCUCCUGGUUCAGAGAGGCUGAGAUCUACCAGACAAUCAUGCUGCGCCACGAAAACAUCCUGGGAUUCAUCGCAGCAGACAAUAAAGACAAUGGUACAUGGACUCAGCUGUGGCUGGUGUCAGACUAUCAUGAGCACGGCUCUCUUUUUGACUACCUGAACCGCUACUCUGUCACCAUCGAGGGCAUGAUCAAACUGGCGCUGUCGGCUGCCAGCGGCCUGGCACAUCUACACAUGGAGAUCCUCGGCACUCAGGGUAAGCCGGGCAUUGCUCACCGUGACCUCAAGUCUAAAAAUAUCCUGGUUAAGAAGAACGGCAUGUGUGCCAUAGCUGACCUCGGCCUGGCAGUCCGCCACGAGUCCAUCACAGACACAAUCGAUAUAGCACCGAACCAGCGCGUGGGCACUAAGAGGUAUAUGGCUCCAGAAGUCCUGGACGAAACCAUCAACAUGAAACACUUCGAUUCCUUCAAGUGUGCCGACAUUUACGCGCUGGGCCUGGUGUACUGGGAGAUUGCGCGUCGCUGCAAUGCAGGAGGUAUCCACGAGGAGUACCAGCUGCCCUACUACGACCUCGUACCCUCUGACCCCUCCAUAGAGGAGAUGAGGAAGGUGGUGUGUGACCAGAAACUGAGGCCCAAUGUGCCCAACUGGUGGCAGAGCUACGAGUCACUGCGUGUGAUGGGGAAGAUCAUGAGGGAGUGCUGGUACGCCAAUGGAGCAGCCAGACUGACGGCCCUGCGCAUCAAGAAGACCCUUUCUCAGCUCAGCGUGGAGGAGGACGUCAAGAUGUGAGCGGUCAGGCGGCGAAAAAAGGCGCGCUGGAGACGCACAACCAGACCACACUCCCAUAGGAAACAAACACUAAAGACAAACUGCAAAUGAAAAACCUGCCAGUUUUAAAGCCACACUCCAAGUUGUGACGAGGCCUACCUCACCUUUUUAGCCAAAACUACUGAGAGUCACCCUUCCUGUCUUGACUUUACUCUCCUCCCCCCCGCCACCUCCCUUUGUUCCUCAUGUCUCCUCCCUGUUCCCUUCGACCUACCCUUCUCCAUGGGCCACAACACUACAGCACUACCACUGUUAAUAUCAUCACACUCAACCCUUUUUUUGUUUUCAUUUCCCAUGGCAGGAAUUAAUACUAUUGUACAGUGAUGGAUUUUUUUUGUUUGAUCUUUUUUACCUCUCUGAAAAUUUGUCCCAAGACGGACUAACCUUGUCCAGAAGAGUCGAGAAGGUUGUAAGUUUAAGAAUAAUAACAAUUCAUAUUCUGUUGGCCAUGCAACAUCACAUUGUGUUGCUGAGAGUGUGUGUGUGUGUGUGUGUAAGGGGGAAAGAGGCUGAAGCACUGUUUUUAGUCGUGUUUAAAAAGUGUCUGAACUACUAGCAUGUUUCUAAGACACUGAGAUGUCCUCUGGUAAAGGCUGUAGCUCAUUAGACAAAUCAAAUAAUGAGACGUAUGGUAAUUAAGCAUGAACAGACAGAUUUUGCUUUUCAAUCCCUCACUUGAAUAUCCUUCAAAACAGAAACGAGUUGCACCCAACUGUAGCUUCCUCAUCCCGGUGUUAGUUUGAAAUGUGGCAGGGAUAAUGUUUGGGAUGGUUUUACUUUUAUUUAUUUGUCGAUAGUUUUUAUUUCAUAUUGAUGAACACUGUGAGAUGAGAUGUGAAAAGCCAGAGUCUAAUAUGAAAUUUAACGUUGUUCAGUCCAAGUCUUCAUCAUCUCUCAGCCGUUAGAUUACGGGGUUGGUGCAUUCGUUUUAAUAAGAUACUGAGCGCAAAUUAUGGAUGUAGCCAUAAGCCCCGUUGUUGACAGGCGGUGACAUCGUGCACACUGAGUAAAUAAGAGGCGUAUGAAAUGGCAAUGAAAAAUACUGUUUUUGUUUUUUUUAUAUUUUUGUGUUUUGUGUAAAGACAUCAUGAUGGGUGUUUUCUUUUGACGUUGACAUUAGACACUACUGAUGAUGGGUACAUAUGAUUUGUAUAUAAGACAUGCAUUUUUUUCCUUUUAUGCCACAAGCACCAGUGUGACAUCUGAACAGUGAUUUUUUGCUUGAAUGGUACUUUCAGAAGUUUUAAUCUGUCUGCAUGGUUUCUAACUGUGCCAGGAAAUAAGUGUGUCAUCUGCUGGAAUUUGUUUUUAAUUUGCUCCUCUCAUGGCAACUUUGGUGGUACUACUGAUCCCAGAUAAUUUUGCUGCAACCUGUUUUUUUUUUUAUGUAUAAUUGUUGCUUGUUGAGUUCUUCUCAGAGCUCAGUAAUGCAGAUCUGUUUCUACAUAAUGUCCUCCGGGGUGACAUCUCUUUCUCAUUGACACUGGAAUAUUUAGGAGCGUCAUGUAACCUUGAAUUCUGAUACUGCCAAUGGCUAUUUAUUCAGAGAUAAAGACAGCUGCUGACAGUUCACACACAGGGAACAUACGGUUAGAUGUGAAAAAAAAGUAGUUGAGACGUUUUACCUUCAAAGACUGACAUGCUGUGACGUGAAACUGCAUGUUUUCAUUCUACUUUGUCGUCUGCAGCUUCGAGUCUGUCUGCAGACAAAACUAUGAAAGUAUUACACUGACAAUUGUCACCGUUGGGGCUCUGCACUGUUAUGUCCACAUGGACUUUAGUUAAUGUAAGUUGUGUCAUCACUUGAUCCAGAAUCCAUGUGUCAUGUUAGUAUCCAUUUUGCAUGCUGUCUCAAACACUGGGUCUUCUGCACUGAGGUAGAUGAACUUAAGACUUGUCUUCUUCCUACCUGUUGUUGUUUUCUUUCUUCCGUUUUGUUUGUGUCGUUGGCUGUGUACCCCAGAAAUGUUGCUGCUACUGUUAACAUGGGUGGAAGUUCAGCAGGCAGAUCGGAGAAGGAGAGCUGGGAGAGAAAAUAGGGAGACUGCUGUCAGUUGAACCAAAAUUGUCAAAACACUCCUGUCCAUGUUUGGUUUGUUGCCAUGGGUAUAUGACCAUCAGACAUCCUGUUCAUAAGUAAUACUUCAAGAUUUCAAAAAUCAUGUUGUUGCAAAUCUUUUCAGAUUAGUUUGAAAAGUGUAUAUAGAUGAUAUACAAUAAAUUCCUCUUUUCUUAUCUGUGA